CAUUUGGAUGCGAUGGGUAAUGAAAGAAUUUGGUUCAGGUUCACUCUCGAAGAAGCCCUCCACAGGCCGUAAAACGAUGACGGCUGAAACUUGAGCAACCUCGAAAAAACCUCUCCCUCUAUUUUCAAUCCUGGAAUCCGCCAUUUCUUGAGUUCUUGUGGAGCUUCUAUUUCCAUCUCGAAGUGCGCCGCGUGGGAACCGGAAACCCUCCGAUGUGUGAUUGAAGUUUAGGCCAAACAAAAUGGUGAACAAAUCGCAAGCAUUUUCUUGGUCCCGUCUCAUUCUCAGCCAGGUCGUGCAAAACCCUACUAAAACCCCACUGCAUAUUACCCGGAAUAUCUCCAAUUUGCGGCGGUUCCCGUUCGAGGAGAUACCCAAGUUCUCCUUUUCAGGGGCGGCUCGUUACUCCACCGCUUCGGCCAGAGUUGUGCAGGAUCUUCUCGCUGAGGUGGAGAAAGAGAAGCAGAGAGAAAGGGAGCAGCGGAGAAGGGCCGGUCUCGAUACUAAGGAUAUUGACGAUGAGGAUCAGGAGGAUUAUAUGGGUGUUGGGCCAUUGAUAGAGAAGCUCGAGAAGGAAAAGCUAAAGGAUACUGGGGACUUGAACGCGUAUGAAGAGCCCACUGAUUCUGAUAGUGAUGAAGAUGACGAAAGAUUCAGCCCUGAAUCUGUCAAAGAGAGGUUUGAUAAGUUUGAGAGGAAAUUCAAGAGGCACGAGGAAUUGCUCAAGCACUUCACUGAGUCUGAAAACAUGGAUGAUGCUUUCAAAUGGAUGAAUAAAAUUGACAAGUUUGAGCAAAAGCACUUCGGGCUUCGUCCUGAAUAUCGAGUAAUUGGUGAAUUAAUGAAUCGCUUGAAAGUAGCAGAGGGCAAGGAAAAGUUCAUUCUUCAACAAAAGUUGAAUAGGGCUAUGAGAUUAGUGGAGUGGAAGGAAGCUUAUGAUCCAAACAAUCCUGCCAACUAUGGAGUAAUUCAACAAGAACAAGUAGGAUCAUCAGUUGAUCUCCUGGAGCAAUCAGGAUUUGCAAAAGAGAAGCAAAUCAUACAAGGAGCUGAUGAUGAUGAUGAGGAAGAGUUUGAUGACAUGAAAGAAAGGGAUGAUAUUCUACUGGAGAAGCUUAAUGCUAUCGAUAAGAAACUUGAAGAGAAGCUAGCAGAGCUUGAUCAUACUUUUGGAAAGAAAGGGAAGGUUUUAGAAGAAGAGAUUCGAGAUCUUGCAGAGGAGAGAAAUUCUUUAACUGAGAAGAAAAGAAGACCCCUUUAUCGAAAAGGCUUUGAUGUGAAAUUAAUUGAUGUGAACAGAACUUGUAAAGUUACAAAGGGUGGACAAGUUGUCAAAUACACUGCUCUCUUGGCUUGUGGGAACUAUCAUGGAAUUGUUGGUUAUGCAAAAGCCAAAGGACCUGCAGUACCGAUUGCUUUACAAAAGGCAUAUGAGAAAUGCUUCCAAAAUCUUCAUUAUGUGGAACGCCAUGAGGAGCACACAAUUGCACAUGCAGUACAGACGGCAUACAAAAAAACAAAGGUAUAUCUUUGGCCAGCAUCAACCUGUACAGGCAUGAAAGCUGGGAAAACUGUUCAAACUGUUUUGAAUCUGGCCGGCUUUAAAAAUGUCAAAUCUAAGGUCGUUGGCUCAAGGAACCCCCACAACACUCUGAAGGCCCUCUUCAAAGCGCUGAAUGCAAUUGAAACUCCAAAGGAUAUUCAAGAAAAGUUUGGGCGGACUGUUGUCGAGAAGUACUUGCUAUGAUAGGAGGUUCUUUUUUCUUCUUUCCCGUCUUUUUUAUUUAUUCAGGUCGAGUCUAUUUUUGCUGUUUCUAACUCAAAAGGCAUUGAUUUUCAAUUAGAUGUAUAAAAGAGAAUUUUGGUACAUUUAACCUGAGAAGCACCACUGUAACUUGUGUUCAAGUUUUCAUUAUCUCCCUUUUACAUCAAUAAUCAAUAGAAACAUCAUUUUCAGUA